AGGAACCCACAUUAUACAUAAAAAUAAUAAUAAUAAUAAAUAAUUCCCUCGUGUUCUCAAUUUAAUUGUUCAUUCACUUUCUUCUCCAAUUUUGCUCUUUUUUUCUGAAAAACUUUCUGUAAAAGACUUGAUUUUUAUUUUUGGAAAAAGCCAAACAUGCCUUUCUGUGAGGUGGGUAAAUACCAGAAUGGUGUGGAUUCAGCUGGCAACAAAGGAACCAAGAUUUUUUAUAGAACUUAUGGUCAAGGCCCGGUCAAAGUUCUCUUGAUUAUUGGAUUGGCUGGGACGCACAGUUCAUGGGUCCCACAGAUCAAGGCACUCGCCGGAACGAUUACGCCGAAUGAUCCUGAAUCGCCGGCCGGUAAUCGGAGCUCCGGUGAAGGUGGGGGUAUGAAGGUUUGUGCUUUUGAUAAUCGUGGAAUGGGAUUAAGCUCUGUGCCCACUAAAAAGUCAGAAUAUACCACUAGCAUUAUGGCAAAAGAUGCAAUAGCUAUAAUGGAUCACUUGGGGUGGGAAAAAGCACACAUCUUUGGCCAUUCAAUGGGAGCUAUGAUAUCUUGUAAAUUGGCUGCAAUGGUGCCUGAGAGAGUUUCAUCUUUGGCUUUACUGAAUGUCACGGGAGGAGGCUAUGAAUGUAUACCCAGGCUCGAUCGUCAAACUCUAUCAAUUGCUGUCCGGUUUUUGAAGGCAAAAACUCCUGAACAGAGGGCUGCUGUUGAUUUAGACACCCAUUAUUCAAAGGAAUACCUUGAGGAAGAUGUGGGAACUACGACCCGAAGAGCAGUAUUAUAUCAAGAAUACGUAAAAGGCAUAUCAGCAUCUGGGAUGCAGUCAAAUUGUGGAUUUGAUGGACAGAUCAAUGCUUGUUGGACUCAUAAGAUAUCCCAAGCUGAUCUUGAAUCUAUCUGCUCUACUGGAUUCCUAAUAACUGUUAUUCAUGGCAGGCAUGAUGUCAUUGCUCAGUUAAGCCAUGCAAAGAGGCUUGCGAAGAAGUUACAUCCUUAUGCUAGAAUGGUAGAGCUUCCCGGAGGACACCUUGUUAGUCAUGAAAGGACAGAAGAAGUCAAUGACGCACUUCUUAAGUUGAUCAAGGCAUCCACGAGUAAGAUUAGCCCGUAUGACUGGACAAAUUUGCCCAAGAAAAGCUCUGGAUGGAAUAUAACUCCACUUGCAAGAAAAAGUUCUCCAGAAGGAAGUAGAUCGUCUGUCAUGGCCGACAUUGUAGGAAGGCUACAAAUGUUAUUGGUGUUCUUUUUUGGUAUGUUUAUGUUGGCAGUUGAGUUCAUGCGAAGAGGUGUAAGUCGUCUAAAGCCAGUCAGAGUAAAUGCAGCCCUCAAAUGAACCUGUGAUGGCUAAUUCAGUCCACUGGUAACUUAACCAGUGGAAUUAACUGUACAGCAUUUCACAUACACGAAUCACAUUACCGAAGGGGAAGGGGAAGGAGGAAUGGAUGAAAGGCAAAGCUGCACUGUGCUGACAAAAGAUCAGAACAAGACAUUUUAGCCCGCCCUUGCCACUUUUUAUUUUAUAGUUGGUUAAGGGCAUAGAGCAUUUUCUGAAUUUCACAUUGUUCCUUUUCCUAAUGAUAGUUAUCCUUUUUGAUGAAUCAAACAAGAA